UGGUCUCCUCCUUCCUUCCUCCUCCUUUCCCCUCCCUUCACUCAUCCAUCCAUCUGUCCACCCCCUCUCCUCUUCGCACACGCACCCCGAUUUGCGCAUCGCCUCCUCCGGCACAAUGACCAACGAUUCUCCGGAGGAGGAGACCCGAGCUCCGGGCGGCGGAGGAGGAGGAGGUGGAAGAGGAUUCGCACAAAGAAACCGAGCGGACGACAAUGUCACCAUCCUGACAUCCUCCAUGGAUUUCCACAGAGCCAGCCGGAGCCGAGCCAGCAGCCACAAUGAAGCCGCGCCGAGCCUCACAUCCUCCGUGGAUCUGAGCACCUCCUCCCUGGAGCUGAGCAUCCAGACGCGGAUCUUUAAGAUCAUCGUCAUCGGGGACUCCAACGUGGGGAAGACCUGCCUCACCUUCCGUUUCACCGGAGGAAGCUUCCCCGACAAGACCGAGGCCACCAUCGGAGUGGAUUUCAGGGAGAAGGUGGUGGAGAUUGAAGGGGAGACUAUCAAGGUGCAGGUAUGGGACACAGCAGGUCAGGAGCGCUUUCGUAAAUCCAUGGUGGAGCACUACUACCGCAACGUCCAUGCAGUGGUCUUUGUGUAUGACGUCACCAAGAUGGCUUCCUUCCGCAACCUACAGACAUGGAUAGAGGAGUGUAAUGGCCAUCGGGUCUCUGCAUCAGUACCUCGAGUCUUGGUGGGAAACAAGUGUGACCUUGUGGAUCAAAUACAGGUGCCCUCCAAUAUGGCGUUGAAGUUUGCUGAUGCCCACAACAUGCUGCUGUUCGAGACGUCAGCCAAGGACCCGAGGGAGAGUCAGAACGUCGACUCUAUCUUCAUGUCCCUGGCCUGCCGCCUGAAGGCCCAGAAAUCCUUGCUCUACAGAGAUGUGGAGAGAGAGGAUGGGAGAGUGCGACUUACACAAGAGACUGAAACAAAGAGUAAUUGUCCUUGUUGA